AUGUCGAACGAAAAGCCCCUUCCCUUCGCCUAUCAGUUCGCCGCCGGCGCCAUCGCCGGUGUGUCGGAAAUUUUGGUCAUGUACCCUCUCGAUGUUGUCAAGACCCGAGUUCAGCUCCAGACCGGCACGGGCGCCGGCGCCGAUGCAUACACCGGUAUGGUCGACUGCUUCAAGAAGAUUAUUCGCAAUGAGGGCUUCUCGCGCCUCUACCGCGGUAUCGCCGCCCCCAUCCUGAUGGAGGCCCCCAAGCGUGCCACCAAGUUCGCCGCCAACGACGAGUGGGGCAAGGUCUACCGCAAGAUGUUUGGAGUCGACAAGAUGAACCAGCCCCUCUCCAUCCUUACCGGUGCCAGCGCCGGUGCCACCGAGUCCUUCGUCGUCGUCCCUUUCGAGCUCGUCAAGAUUCGUCUUCAGGAUAAGGCCUCCGCCGGAAAAUACACCGGCAUGAUCGACGUCGUUAGGAAGACGGUCCAGAACGAGGGUGUUCUCGCCCUGUACAACGGUCUCGAGUCCACCAUGUGGAGGCACAUCACCUGGAACGCCGGUUACUUCGGCUGCAUCUUCCAGGUCAGGCAGCUCCUCCCCCAGGCCACUGACAAGUCUUCCCAGAUAAGGAACGACUUGAUUUCCGGAGCCAUCGGUGGUACCGUCGGUACCAUGAUCAACACCCCCAUGGACGUCGUCAAGUCCCGCAUCCAGAACACCGUUAAGGUUCCUGGUCAGGUCCCCAAGUACAACUGGGCCUGGCCUGCGCUUUUCACCGUCGCCAGGGAGGAGGGUAUCGGCGCUCUCUACAAGGGUUUCGCCCCCAAGGUCCUCCGACUCGGACCUGGUGGAGGUAUCCUUCUUGUCGUCUUCACCGGCGUUAUGGACUUCUUCCGCGCCAUGAAGUACGGUCCCGAGGCGUAA